AUGAGCAAAAAACGGGCGCUGACGACGCGACGGAAGAUGUGCUUGUUCCAGUGGAAAAUGCUACGCAAACUGUGCGAUUACGCCAUUGUCUUAGCUAAGCGGAACGGACUGUGCGGCUCUGUGCGGCUCCGUUUCGUUUCGCUUGUAGCUACAAACAGGCGCCUGCUGACCCAGGGCACUACAGAUGGCACCUUCGAGCUCGACGACGACCUCAGGGCCACAAGACAUGUCGUACCAUUCAACCCUCUCCUACGAAACGACGCAACGCGAGCAUGGGGCGCGAUAUUACCCACUCUUCUCAAUCUGGUAGAGGACGCUCGCGGGAAAGUACUGAGAAAGAAGUUCAAAAGCCAUUUUCCAAACCAGGUUAAACAUCCUAUCCAAUCUCGUCAAAGCUCACGCUGCGGACACCCUGGACAAGAUAACUCCAUGAACCAACAACCGUUUCCUGUACUAAUUCCGCUGGUGAGGUACGACAAACCUGAGGUUAUUCAGCUUUUGGAUGUCGAUGCGGAAGGCCCUAUCGUCAUUUCAGAUUCAGAUGACGACGAACCUCAAAUGGGUAAGAGCAAAAUGGAUUGCAUAGAUGUGGAUGGCACGGAAUCGUGCGAUAAAGGCGAAAGAACGAUAUUGAUAGAUGAUGACUAA